GUCAGCGAGACUCAUCCUCGCCAGAUCGCGGGGCUAUUUCGGCCUCGGGGUAUCUCACAGGGAGCUAACAUGUCCACCUUCCCGAUUCCAAUGCCUCUCCACCCGGCCAACCGUUCCUCGAAUCGCUGAGCCAUCAAUAUGGCGAGCCGUCAUUCCAAAAUUUCUUCGUCGCGAUUGGCCUGCGUCACAACGGAACUCCCCGGAGAAGGAAUGGAAUCCUGCAACUUACUUCAUUGUGAUGUUCAUUCUUGUGGGAUCGCAGGCCCUUCGAAUGGUUCAAAUUAAAAACGACCAUGCGAAUUACAUUCGGAGCACAGAAGCAAGAAUACGAGUGCUAAGGGAGGUGAUUGAGAAGCUACAAAAAGGAGAGGAUGUUGAUGUCAGGAGAAUUCUCGGGACCGGAGACGAGGCUGCUGAGAGGGAAUGGGAAGAAGUUCUGCGGGAAAUCGCACAGGAGGACGAACCCCGACAAUCUGGCUCCAGAAAGGAUGAGCCUCAAGCUCCAACGAAAAACAAGUCUCUCAGGGAUGAUAAUUCGAUGAGCUCUACGCCUUCGACAGAAACUACGUCUGAAACAGGUGAACCUCAAUCAAGCAAACGUGCAGCCAGGUUCUUCUAA